AGAUUGUCGAGCAUAAUCUAAAAAUAGUAAAGUUUACUCUCAACAAUCUGCCUCCACAAAUAGUUCAUUCUCGAAUUACUUCAGAUUUGUUGCCUUUAUCCACUUUAAAAAGUUUCGACCUAGGGAAAAUGAAUUAUGAACUGGUGCUGAAAGAGAAAAAUUUUUUACACUUUUGUCAAGAAAUAAAGGAGAUUUUAGAAAAGAGAAAAAUUACCGUUUCCAUGCAUUCGUCCCAAUUUCUUAGUUUAGCGUCUGAUGACAAAACGAUAAGGGAAAAUUCCCAAGCAGAGUUGAUUUAUUAUGCAAACAUUUUAUCAUUAAUAGCAAAAGAAUCUAUUAUCACUAUCCACCUUAAUUCGAAACGGGAAAUGGUUGAGCAACUGGGAGAAGAAAAAUAUUUGCAAUGA